UUUCACAAAACUUGAUUUUUUUUUUACUUUUUUUCCUAUUCAUUCUGGAUGAUAUUUAUGUACACGCUAGAUGAUGUUUAUACCAUUGAAAAAUAAAGUAAAAUGAAAGACAAAUACACGGAAUGACGAAGAGAAAGAGAGAAAAUAGAUUCAACACAGAGACAGAAUAUAGUGAAUAUAAGCAUACUGCAUAUAUAGGUAAGUGAAAAGAGAGGAUGGAUAAAUAGAGGAGAGGAAAGUCAAAAGAAGAAGGAGAGUGUAUAAGAAGAGAAAAAAAAAGAGUAAGAAAGAUAGUUAAAAGAAUAAAAAGGGAGAGAAAGAUCAGUGGAUUGUCUUACGUGUAUUGAUUGGUCUUUUAUAAAAGCUACAUCCCCAUGUAGCUAUGAGAUAAACCCUUCUUUAAAGUCACUAGACUUUCAAGGUGUAUAUAUUAAAUUUCGAGCUAGCUGUUCUAACACGCCAUGUUUAAUUUUCCCCGAUUAAAUCUAUAUUUUUCGAAAUUAUAUUCAGAAAAUCAUCAAUAUUAUAUCAAGUUAAUAUCAUCACGGAAAAAUCUUUGUUUUUUUAUUUUUUUUUUUAAAUUUGAAAAAGACGAAAAAAGAACUGUAGGUUAAGGUGCUAUAUCGAAGUAAAAAAUGACGUAGGCGAUCGUUCGUGAUCCCUAGCUUUGAAGGGGUUCUAUAUCGGUAUCGAUCGUAAAGUGACCCAUAUCUGGUGGUGACGGGAGUUCCUACCCCUGGCUGCUUUUCCAGUGACAGCACCCCUACCUCCUCUCUCUCUCUUUCUCUCUUUUUCCCGGUCCUCUAUCCCCUCUAAGUAACUAUACUCCCGCCAGACCCGUGUCUACCCCCACUCGUUGCCCCUUUCUCCGGUGGGCGAGCGAAUAUACCUCCUCCCCCGUUUUCCAGCAGCCCUGCCGCCUGCCUUCCACGGCCGAGCAGAUCUUGGGGCUUGUACGGGAUGAUAGCCGAGUGAAAAAGCUCGCGAGUCCCGUGAAGUUCGCUCAUCAGCAGCAGCAGCCCUGGCCUGCCACAAUCCCUUCGACUCGGUUAUCAGAAUCGAAUACUACCUAAUCGUGGGAUCGUCGUGUGCAGCCUGGUAGGCCCCGCAAAAGCCGCCAAUUAAUUAAGAUAGCUCCUAGAUACACGGUAGAUCGAUAGGGACUGGCCGUGAUAAAGACGGGCGAGGGUUUCAGACUUCAGGGAUGUUGCAGUGCUGUGGUGUUGGAGGUGGCGCUUCCACGGCACCUCAGGCUCCGCAGCUGCAGGAUACCGGAUCUGCUGUCGGGAUUACCACCUCCACGAAAACCACCAUCAUGCAGGACGCAGUUCUUGAAUCUAUCCUCGAGCAAAUGCGUGAAACAGAAGCUCGAAAGGCGGACUUGGAGCGCCAACAUGCGGAGGCACAGAAUCAAUUACGCGAAAAGAUAGCGGGGCGGUAUCAAGGACCGGAAUCGGUUGAAGCGCUGCAGUCAAAAAUAAGGGAGCUUGAAAAGAAGACAGAGUUGCAGAUGGUCAGACACGAAGAAUUGUCAUUGGAAUUGACGAGUCUGAGACGCGCGAGAAGCAGAGGGCCUAUGGUGGGCCAUUCCGUUCCAACUACUUGGCCUCCAGCCGGUUCUGAAAUCGAUAGAAUAAUAGCAAAGAUAGAACAAGAUAACAGCGCAAACAGAAUGAUACACGAUUUGGAUCAUACCAGAGGAACCAUUACCACGCAACAACCCUCGGUCACACAGGGUAUUUUGCGAUCUAGCUCCGAAAAUCUUCCUAACCUCGGUCAACAUCAACAUCCACCUCAUCCGCAUGCUCUGAGUCUAGGAAUGCCAACGCAGAUGAGUCAUUAUGCAGGUUCACCUAUGCCCUUAACGCCAAUGAUGCCUGGUUGUCCACCAUUGACGCCAAACGGACCGCCGUAUUACAGCGAACCAAUUCCCCCAGCGCCAUCGCUCUCCACCAGCCAAUCGCAACCUGUUUUCCAACAAAAGCUGCAACAGUAUCAACAAGCUCAGCUAAGCCAUACCGAGUUGCAGAGCACGCAUUCCCAAAGUGUUCUGCAAACGCAACAACAGAAGCAACAACAAACGCACACCCAUUAUACGAGCAAUCAGUAUCAAGAGAGUUAUCCGCAUACGCAAACCUAUCAGCAGCCGCUCCAACAGCAACAACAGCAACAGCCGCAACAUCCGGCCUCUACCACGUACCUGACAUCAUCCAGCCAAAGCAUAAUACCUCAUUAUUCGCAGCCCACGCAAACCGCCCAAACUUUUCAAUUGAAUGGAAGUCAACAGGCAACGACGUAUCCAAGUUUAUCCAUUACAUCGCAUCCGAAUGGAACGUAUAGUACAGGAGCGGGUAGCUUUAGCACUCAACUGUCGCAUCACAACUUUUCCGUUCCGCAGACAAGUAUUCCGCAAACCACGUUGUCCUCGUUACCACCUUAUUCGACAACCACCUUUCAUUCCACUUUGGGCGCGCUUACCAACGUACCACAAUCCGCUCUUCCCUUCUCGAGUGUACAGAGCAGUUUCGCUACCAGCGGAUCGACCUACUCCACCGUCGGGACCAAUGCUUUUGGCACAUCGGGCGUGUCUUCAGGAACCACAUCGACAGGCUUGUUACAAGCGAUAAGUGAUCCCCUUCAAGCGAUGCAACAACUUUCUGCGCAGUCUCAAGCCAAUCAACUUCAGCAGCAAGCCAUUAUUCAACAGAUCCAACAAAGUUUACGUGCCAGUUCGCCGACAGCGCCCUCUACGACGGGCCAUCACUUCCUUGGUUCAAGGCAGAUGCCAAAGAUACCUAGUAGUAUACUUUCUAAUCCUUUAGAUCGACUGACCAAUGACAAUAUCGUGCCCGAGGGUCAGGUGGAUAUGCUGGAUAUACCCGGCAAAGGACGGUGUUACGUCUAUAUCGCUCGUUUCACUUACGAGCCGUUUCAGCAUUCGCCGAACGAGAAUCCUGAAGCAGAGUUGCCCGUUCAGGGUGGUGAUUAUUUACUUGUGUGGGGGCAACCUGACGAAGAUGGUUUCCUCGAUGCGGAAACUCUUGACGGUAGACGUGGUCUUGUUCCAGCUAAUUUUGUUCAAAAAUUGAUCGGUGACGAUUUGUUAGAAUUCCAUCAAGCUGUUCUUGGCCUCAGAGACGUUGAUGAUUCAGCUUCAACUAACAUUCCCCAAGUGAGCAAUUGUUAUCUACAAGAUAUCGAUUUAGAGUUAGCGGCUUUAGAAGAGGGUAAUCGAAAUCGACAAGCCGAAUUAUCUGCAUACGCGGAACUCGAUAAUAUUGCGGAAGAAGACGAGCAAGAGCCACCAGAAGUCUACCUGUUUUCGGACCUAGUUCCGGCGCCACAGCACCUCACUCUCGAGCGGCAGUUGAACAAGAGCGUUUUAAUCGGUUGGACGGCGCCAGAAAAUACUCAUCAAUUGGAGUCGUAUCACGUCUACGUGGAUGGAGUGUUGAAGGUUACUGUCAAAGCAACGGAGAGAACCAGAGCAUUGGUCGAAGGAGUUGAUUCUACUAGGCCACACAGAAUAAGCGUACGUUCAGUGACACAUUCAAGAAGAACGUCACGUGAUGCUGCUUGUACGAUGGUAAUCGGUAAAGAUGUCGCUUUGGGCCCAACUGCUGUCAAGGCAUCGAAUGUAACCGCCACUAGUGCAGUCAUUUCUUGGAUGCCGAGCAAUAGCAAUCAUCAACAUGUGGUUUGUGUGAAUAACGUCGAGGUUAGGACGGUGAAGCCUGGUGUUUAUAGACACACGAUUACCGGUUUAGCACCCUCGACAAUCUAUAGGGUAACCGUGAAAGCAAAGAAUUUGAGGGCGACGCAUUUCGAGGACCAAAAUACUCAAGCGGCAAACAAUUUAGCCUGUCAUGUCCAUUUCAAAACAUUACCCAAAGGAUUACCUGAUCCUCCGGUCGAUAUCCAGGUGGAGGCUGGACCGCAGGACGGCACUUUGCUAGUGACCUGGCAGCCUGUUGCCCUAAACGGUUCGGCCGUCACCGGUUACGCGGUGUAUGCCGAUGGAAAAAAGGUCACCGACGUAGACAGCCCCACCGGUGACCAUGCUUUGGUGGAUAUACACAAACUUAUGGGUCUGAAUCCGAAACACAUCACGGUCAGAACAAAAAGCAGGGAAAGUCAAUCGGGCGAUAGUUGUGCUACCGCUAUUCCUUGCAGCGUUCUUCGUGGUGGAACCGCGACUCAUUUGCAACAUGGGUCUACGCACAUGCAAGAUCAAGGACAACCUCAACCCACCGUUACCGGACAACCAGAUGAUCCGAGUAGACAUCGUUUAGGAGGUGUAGGUCAAAGAUAUCCAUCGACUCCUGUACCUUCUCAUAUAAGAAGGCACGGAGGCACUAGGGUUGACGCUCAUGGCCAAGUUAUUAUUGAGACUGAUGAAAACUUAUCUGAUAAAGAAAUUUAUCCUGGACAGAGCAUGUCCCAGAUGGGAGUUCCAGAAAUCACCAAAGAUUCGGCAAGCGAAGCGAAUUACAGCGAGGAAGAUGAUCCGUCACGUAGAGGUAGAGGUAUGCCGCUUCAUCAUAACCAACAUCGAUAUGGACCUCAAAUAGGGCAACAAGGGCUUCCUGGAACGCAUCGACCAGGACGAAUGGGUGGUCCUGCUGGUAGGCCUCAAGAUCCUUAUUACGAUCAACCAGGAAGUCAAAGAGGUAGAGCUUCUAGCUACCGUGGAGGACGAGGAAUGCAAGCUCAAGGUGGUGCGGGUCAUUCGUCAAGUAGCGCUCAACAAAUGAACAAAAGAACACGUUGGUUUAUUGCCCUAUUUGAUUAUGAUCCGAAAAGAAUGUCACCUAAUCCGGACGCUUGUGAAGAAGAAUUGCCCUUCUCCGAGGGUGACACUAUUAAGGUGUACGGUGAAAAAGACGCGGAUGGAUUUUAUUGGGGAGAAUGUCACGGUAGACGAGGGUAUGUUCCUUACAAUAUGGUUGAAGAGAUUAAAGAUCAAAAUCAGCCUGGACAAGGGCAGCUAGGAAGGAGAGGAAGAUGGGGAGAUAUUUAUGCUAGUAUGCCUGUGAAGAAAAUGAUAGCACUCUAUGACUAUGAUCCUCAUGAAUUAUCUCCUAAUGUCGAUUCCCAAGUGGAAUUGGCAUUCCAAACUGGGAAUGAAAUUUAUGUCUAUGGUGAUCUAGACGAUGAUGGAUUCUAUAUGGGUGAAUUAAAUGGAGUACGUGGUUUAGUUCCAAGCAAUUUCCUUACCGAAGCUCCUGAUCAACCGCCACAAGGGCAACUUCCUCCAGGAAAUAGGAGACCGCCGGGACAAAGUCAAGGGCCAGGAGUAAGAGGACCACCUCCUCCGCCUCGAGAACCACCUCCUACUGGUCAUCGACGAGGCAAAGAUGCCUGCAUUGUGCCUGUGUCUGUCCCUGUCUGUCACUUAGACUCUAGACAACAACAACAACAACAACAACCAUCACUAAUGAACAACCAACAACAUCAACUCCAACAUCAACAAAACAAUCCACCGCAUCUAGCGUACCAACAAGCGAAUCACCACAGCUACACGACUGUAACCACGUCCAAUCAACAUGGGCCCACACCCAUGGGUGCCCAUCAACAAGGUCCCGUACCACCCCACCUUCAACAACAGGGGAAGGGGAGGGGAGGCGUGAUCAAUCGUGGUAGUAAUUUACCAGGAGGUAUGCAGGGCCUUGGACAACAACAAGACUAUCCGCAACAAAAUCAACCGUAUCAACAACAACAACAACCGAAUCAGCAAAACCAAAAUUACCAGCAACAGAACCAAGGAUAUCAACAGCAAAGUGCAGGAUUCGGUCCCCAAGGCCAACAAUUCCAACAGCAACAGCCUCAACAGCAGCAACAACAACAACAACCGAAUCAACCGUAUUCCCAACAGAAUCAGGCUUCUUCGAUGCAAAGCAGCCAGAGCACGAGUAAACCGAUGAGAGGAAUACCGACAGUGUUGCCGACACCUCAAGCGAAGGUGCAACCGAAUACCACGCAAGGCCAACAACAACAACAGCAGCAGCAACAGCAGCAAAGUACAGGGCCGAAUCUGAUGCAAAAAUUCACGGAGAUGGCCGGUGCGAGCGCUGGCGGCGAUAUCCUGUCGAAAGGGAAGAACUGAUUUUCAUGAAAUUCGGAUUAGGCAAGUGAGUGAUUACCUUGCCCGUGUCGCCAGCUCCGCUUCUUCUCCAUUUCAGCCCUACCAUGUUGUCGUGAAUUCACGCUGAAAGCUCGAAGGAUCAAGAGAUUUGUUCAUAAAUCAGUAUUACGGAGAAAUGUUCGCGGAGAACAAGCGAGACGUCGCAGGCAGGAACGUACGAAUGCGUCUCGUCCGAUCAAGUCUUCGCGAAUAUCCCUGAACAAAUACAAAUGUGUGCUGCCAUUGCUGCUGCUGCUGUUGCUGCUGCUAAUAACGAUUGUUAUUAUUUCCCUGCAAUCAUUGAAAAGAUCUAUCUAUCACCUACGAAGAGACCGAUAUUUAUUAAUCUUUCUCGUUGGUGCAACUUCCUAUAUAGAUAUUAGUAUAAUAAAAAAAAAAAAAAAAAAGAAGAAGAAUGUUCGCUUGCAUUUUGAUAUCUUUCGCGAAAAUUGUUCGAGAAAGUUGUACGAUUAAUUAUUCGUAUUCUUCAGAGAAUAUAAGCAGAGAAUAUAACUGAAAAUAAUGAAUAAUCCUAGUUGAAUUUUUUAGAUUUUUUUCUUCUUUUUUUUUUCUUCUAUCUUCUCGUUUUUACUUCUAUCUUCUUCUUUUUCUUUAUAGACUAUAGAAUCGUUUUGAUGUCACGUAGUUUAAAUGAAAUAAUAAAAUUUUAUAUCAUGAUGGUAAAUAUUCGAAUAAGAUACAGGGACAGAAAUAAUCGAAUUUUUAGUACGUAAUCAGUUCGUUAUAUAAAAAAGUUACUCGUCAAUUAGUUUAAUGAACUAAUUAUUCUUAUUAUAAGUAUAGAUUAGAUCGUUAUAUAUCGUUAAUAUUUUAUCUAUAUGUAUAUGUAAAAAGGUAGUGAGAACUGAAAACAAAAAGGAGGUAGAAUUACUUAAUUUUAUAGUUCAGGUUAUAUUAGACUUUAGAAGCUAUUAAAAUCUCGCUUUUAACAGGGUUUUUUUUUUAUCAUUAUUAGACGAUUAAUCUUCGUAACAAAAUAUUUUAGAAAAAAUCAAAUAUCAAAACGUGACAUACGUACAUGACAUACGUACGUGAUUAUUUACAAUAUCUUAUUCUUUAUUUAUUAUCUAUUAUUUAUUUUUUUCUUUCUUCGUUUUUCUUGGCUCGACAUAUAAUUUUCUCUUUCUAAAGUAUGUGAUCAAAUUUUAUGUUGAUAUUAGAGAAAUACAAAGAGAAGAAACGAGUAAAAAAUGUGAUUAUAACAAUAACCAAAAUAGAGUAACGUAAUGCAAGUGGAUCAUUCGUAAAGAAUAAACAGGAAAGUAGCUCCUUGUUAUACUUGAGCAGGACUUUAAAAUAAAUAAAUCAUUGUAUAAGACAAAGGUGAAAUGACAUCAAGAAAUCGACAGAAGCAUUUAAAAUAGGGCGACUCGUGGAUCAAAUUGAACUACGUCAUAAAAUAUAUAAAUAUAUAAAUAUAUAUAUAAAUAAAACAAAUAAAUAAAUAAA